UGAAGGCUCUUCUGUCAUAAUCUCUUCUGUCAUAAUUUCUUCUAUCAAAAGUUACCCAAAGUACGAAAAUGAGUCUUUUAUUAGAAACCGACCAAAUUCAUUUCGAGUUUUCGUUGGGGUCAGGGGAGAUUUUGGGCUCUGAAGCCGUGAAGUUGCUGACUUUGUGCAAGGAAAUCGCCUAUCUAAAGCCACCUCAGCAAAUUGAGGAGCAAGAUGGAGGAGAUGACCACAACGGCGAGAACUCCUUGGCGGAGGCCGAUGACCAUGGCAGUGAUGAGGAGAUGAAGGUGACCAGAUCUGGAAUUACCUGGUGGACCAAACCAAACAGUGCGACAUCUCCGAAUCCCAUUUAUAGUACUAAGAAAGCAAUGAAAAAGAAGAAACACGUGUUCUCAAAGAGAUAUGGAAAGGUCUUAAAGGCACAGGCGGCUAAGUCAAAGGAGGUCAACGACGAAAUAUAGGUGUAGCGAGCUAUUGAAUUAGAAGUCGGGUUCAAUGUACUGGAAACAUAUAUACAUAUAGCCAGCGGUAUCUACCGCUUUAGUACUUCCAAAGUGCACCUGCCUAUAUAAAUCUCAUUAACCGAUAUGUUAUUAACGUCAAUAUAUGGAGAAUAAAGAUAUUGCAUUUAA